GCCUGACGUAACCGGGCGCUCGGCCCCGCCCCAACGCGGCUGAAGCCUCGCAGCCAGAGAGCCGGCACCGCCGCCGCCUGGGCUUGGAACGCAGCGCGAGCGGCCAUGGCCUCCGGCGCCGCAGCUAAGCGGGCGCAGGGCGAGCGGGCGGCGGGACGGCAGCCCCGGCCCCGUCCCCAGCGCUCGGCUGACCGUGUGCCCCCUCGUCUCGUCCCACAGGCCGACACUCGACGGAGGCUGCUGCGCACCGUCAAGAAGGAGGUGAAGCAGAUCAUGGAGGAGGCAGUCACACGGAAGUUCGCCCACGAGGACAGCAGCCACAUCAUCUCCUUCUGUGCGGCUGUAGAGGCCUGCGUCCUGCAUGGGCUGCGGCGGCGGGAGGCUGGCUUUCUGCGCAGCAACAAGAUUGCAGCUCUCUUCAUGAAAGUGGGCAAGAACUUCCCACCGGCCGAAGAGCUGAGCCGCAAGGUGCAGGACCUGGAACAGCAGAUCGAGAGCGUGCGAAACCAGAUUCAGGGCCUCCAGGAGAAUGUGCGGAAGCUGCCGAAGCUGCCCAGCCUGUCCCCACUUGCCAUCAAGCACCUGUGGAUCCGCACUGCUUUGUUUGAGAAGGUUCUGGACAAAAUUGUGCAUUACCUGGUGGAAAACAGCGGUAAAUACUAUGAGAAGGAAGCCCUCCUGAUGGACCCGGUGGAUGGCCCCAUCCUUGCAUCUUUGUUGGUGGGGCCCCGUGCCCUGGAGUACACCAAGAUGAAGACUGCAGAUCACUUCUGGACUGACCCCUCGGCCGACGAGCUUGUCCAGAGGCACCGCAUCCACAGCUCGCACCUGUGGCAGGACUCAGCCACCAAGCGUCCAGCCCUCUGUAUCCAGAAGAGACAUUCAAGUGGCAGCAUGGACGACCGACCAUCCCUUUCUGCCCGUGACUGUGUUAAGUCCCUGCACCAGAACUCCCGGGCCACGCUACUCUAUGGCAAGAACGAUGUUCUGGUUCAGCCGGUGAGAGAUAUCUGGGACCCGGAUCUUCCACAGGGGGUCUGGCUUCCAGUUAUACAGGAGGAGUUCCCUCUGGUUCCAGGUUGUUCAUCCAUUCAUCCAUGCAUCUGUCCACAUCUCCAUCUCUCCAUCCAUUCAUCCAUAUGACAACAUUGCUUCUAUCCGUCUGUCCAUCUAUUCACCCACCUACCUGUCUUUACUUCUACCUAUCCAUCCAUCUAUCCAUCCACUCAUCCAUCCACCCACCCAUCCAUCCACCCACCCAUCCAUCCAUCUUCCUACCCAUGUUUACUUCCAUCCAUCCAACUACCCAUCCAUCUCCCCAUCCGUCCGUCCAUCCAUCCAUCCACCCAUCCAUCCAUCUUCCUACCCAUGUUUACUUCCAUCCAUCCAUCUACCCAUCCAUCUCCCCAUCCGUCCGUCCAUCCAUCCAUCCACCCAUCCAUCCAUCUUCCUACCCAUGUUUAUUUCCAUCUGCCCAUCCAUCCAUCCAUCCACCCAUCUUUACCUGCAUCCAUCCAUUUGUCCAUCCGUCUAUUUAAUUAUCCAUUUAUUUUCCAGUCCAUCUCUCCACCCACCUGUCCACCUAGCUGUCCAUCCAUCCAUUCUCUUUUGUUAUCACUCACUCAUCAGCAAGUAUUUAUACUGAACUUUCCUUGUGCUGGAUGCUUGGGAUAUCAGGAUAAGUAUCUUCAUGGCUGAUAUAUUUUUUAAAUGUUUAUUUUUGAGAGAGAACAUGCAUGGGGGAGGGGCAUAAA